AUGCCAGCAACAUUUGGAUUGCUAUUUAAGCACAAUUUACAAAUCGAAUUGGCACUUUGGAAGCGGACUGCUUUCGAAUGCUUUGUUAUAAUUAUACUGUUGAUUGCCAUACUAGCUAAUCCCAUAUCAUAUUCAAAGAGAUUAUUGUAUAGUCGCAGUGAUUAUGAGGGAGACCAGACAAUUGUACCCCAUAAGCUGGAUGAUAUCAAUAUACUCACAGGAUUGGUCGACUCGAAGCGAGAACAAACCAAGUAUAACCUAGCCUAUGCACCAAAAACGAAAUUUGUAACAGAAGUGGUCGAGUCUGUUGCCGCUAAGUUGGAAAUGAAUGACACCAUCGGCUUUGACGACCCAGAGGAUUUGCAAAAUCAAUUCGAUGAGCGUACUACAUUGGCUGCUCUUGUUUUCCAGCAAAUUGAUAAGAGCAAUGAACAGGUGCCCAAAAUACUUUCGGUUACCAUUCGCUUCCCCAGCGAAUUUCGUACGCUCACUCCGUUUCUCUCAGAAGAUCGCCUAUGGCUAACACGUUGCUCUGGUGUUGUAAAUCCCAAGCGUGAUAAUGCCAAAGAUCCCGAUAUAAAUCAGGAUAUUUACAUACGUGAGGGCUUCCUGCAAAUACAACAUCAGAUAUUUUUAGAAUGGCUCCACCGACUACGUAAUCUAUUUCCAUCGAACUUCGCGGAGCCCAACGUAGAAGUUUUCAAUGUACGUCUCCGAGUUGCUGACGAACGCUGCGCUACGAUGGAUGUAUACACCGUACCGUCAUUCCUAUUUAAUUUCCUGUAUUUGCUGCCGUUCAUUAAUAUCAUACGGAACCUAGCUGGUCAACUUAGGGAUAAUGUUAUGACGCAUCAGUGGCACUACGGCUACUCGUUUGUAGAUCAAUAUUGUUCCAUAUUUCUUGUGUUGGCGAUACGUCUGCUGUUACUGGGGCUGGUUAUAAUAUUUGUGAUAUUUUUGUAUUGGACGAUCGAGGAUGGCAUCUUCUCUGGACUGACAUUGUUUUUAAUGAUCAUCUUCAUUGCGAUAUUCACAUUUGAGCUAAUUGUAACUGCCUUUGUGUUUGCCAAGCUUUUUCAGAACAAAACCAAUGCGGUACUCUUUGCGAUCGUUAUUUGGCUGUUUAACUACGCCGUUUUUGGGGUGAUCCUUAAGCGAUACUGGGACGUGCAUGGUCACUAUGUUUUCUUUAUAUUAAUUGUAUUCCUUAGCAACCAGAUACCGUACAGCAUGCAAUUGUUUCAUCGGAUCAUAAAUGAGCCGCAUUCGAUCGGAGCAUAUGAUGUUAUUGCACUUUAUGUAUCCGCCGUUAUCAGUGCAUUAAUCUAUUCAAUAUUGCUCAUCCUCUUGCAGUGGCGGAUGCCAGGACGCCUCCUCAGCCGACGUGUCGUGUUUGGCAAGCGGCGCAAAGAAAUCGAAAUCGAUAAUACUCUAGUUAGUUUGGCACGUAAUCCCAGCUGGCAUAAUUUCGAGUAUGGCGAUGUGGGUAGCAAGGAGCUGAUACGCUUGAGCCACAUCUACACAGUGCAUCGGACCUCGGAGCGAAAGAUUUUGAAGAAUGUCUCGAUGCGUAUUUAUAAGGGUGAGGUCUAUGUGGUAUUGGGUCACAUUGGAUCUGGCAAACUGACGCUGCUCCGUGUCAUCUGUGGUCUCAAGUAUGCGACGCGGGGCUCUGUACUUUACAUGGGUCAGCAUCUAUAUAAAGAUAUGCGAAGUCAUCGGAAUCAUGUUGAUUUUCGGUGCGUAGAAAACGGAUUGUCGAAUCAUUUGACGAUGGAGCAGACCAUUGAUUAUCAUUUGCGCCUGAAGCUCAAUAGCGAGAACUUAGAUCGUUACAAUAUGGAGAGGACAAAGUGGAUCGAUAUACUUGAAGUACAGAUCGGUCAUCGUCGCACACGGAUCGGCCGUCUCACCUACGGGGAACGUCGUUUGGUCGCCCUAUGUUGCACGUUAGCCAGUGAUACGAAAGUCAUUGUCAUUGAGGAGCCGACACAGGAGCUGACGGCACGCGAGGCUCAGAUAUUUUGGAGCAUUGUUGCCUUGGAGAAGGAGGAGCGCGCCUUUGUGUUUGCCACAUAUAGCAUUGAUGAGACGGAAUCAAUCGCAGAUCGGAUUGGAUUUCUCAGCAUGGGUGUCUUAGAGGCCAGCGGCACGCCCUUCUUUCUCCGUGCCAAAUUUAGCAAUUACGUUGAUCUGGUACUAAUUAAGAAGCCACAUGUGCCAGAUGCACCCAUCACCGAUUUUAUUGGCCAGUACAUAGUAGAUAUUGAGCCAGAGAAUGAAAUCGGUGAUACCUUAACCUACAAGAUACGCUCGGAAUAUAGACCGAUAUUGCAGAAUAUGCUGAUUCAGCUGGAGAACGAUCGUAAGAGGUUGGGCAUUGAUAAUAUACGUGUUGUUGGCGCCGAGAUGUCGGACAUAUAUAUGAAACUAGUGACAUCGUUUCGCCAUCAUCAGCAGUUUAUUCCCGAUGUCACGCAAACCUUCCAAUACUCUGUCGUAUCGAAGAGGAAACUGCGAAGACAGCAAAUGCGUGCGAUGUUGUACAAAAAAAUGAUACACUCAGCGCCCAAUGUGUGGCCAGUUAUAAUGAUAUUUGUCAGUUUAAUACUUGUUGUGAUUAUAACCCGACUCGCCAUGGUGCUGGAUGUGAAUGAUGUGCACAAGCAUAAUAUACACCUUGGUUUCAAGGGCACUACGGAUGAACUGAAGAAUAUACCGGAUAUUAAUGAGUGCGGCUAUAUAGACAUCAAAUCGCUAACGAAGAUACCGACAUAUAAGAAAGCCAAUGACAUAUCGCGAACCUUUGAGCCAGAUUCAUUUGACUGCAAGAAGGGCAAAUAUGCGGAUGAUCUGAUUAACAAGGACGUACUGACCAGCUUGGGUGCCGUCCAGCAUAAUGGCGAUCAGAGUCUAUAUGGCUAUAUUAGUCAGGAUACAUUUCAUUCGGCGCCAAUGAUGCUUAAUUUGCUGCACAACAUUAUAUUACAAUUAUCGUAUCCGAAUAACUCAAUGUUUAUGGCCGUGGUUGACAGUUAUCCAAUGGCGACGCCGCUCUCCAUGAAGAUCAAUUUGAUGGAUAAUGAGAUUGCCCAUAUCAAUGCACCACUGGCCAUUGGCUGCAUUCUUCCGUUGAUUGUCUCUGUGUUCAUCAUACCAUUGGUGGAGGAGCAAAUAUCCCAGUUGCGCAUCCUUCAAUUGCUUGCCGGGCUACAAUUGCAGAUCUAUUGGGGUGUGAAUCUAUUUUGGGAUCUAUUUACGUACUUUAUCUAUGCCGUUAUCAUUGUUAUUAUUGUUGUCUGUACGGGCAUUGGUGAUUUUGGCGCCUAUGAGAAUGUGCUCCUCCUGCUGCUUAUCACAUUCUAUGGAUUCGCAGCGCUGCCCAUCACUUAUGUGAUAUCCAUGUAUAUGAAUAAGUCGAUUGUGCGCGCGUUUCUUGCCUCCGUCCUAAUUCAGAGCCUGCUGGGUCUGGUCCUCUAUAUCGUCUACUGGGAUGUGGCCAAUAGCAAUGUGAUCUUCUACUAUGGUGCCUGCAUGUCACCCGGUUUUGCUCUGCUCGAUGCCAUUAGCAACAUUUACAUACGGCGCCUGGAGGAGCGUCUGUGUCAGACGAAGUGUGCCGCCCUUGAGGAUUGCGUACCCGAAAAAAUGCACGAGAUUGUGCCACAUUGUGAGUUUGAAUCCUAUUUCAAAUGGGCUGAUCCUGGUAUCAUGCCGGGAUUAACAUUCAUGUUCCUAUCGGCGCUUAUUGUACUCUUCCUACUAUUCUGGAUUGAAUUGCAUCGCAAAGAAAAGAAGUUUCAUUCGUCCAAAAACAUUCACGACAUGCGCUCCGCUACCUACCACUUUGAUGAUAGCGACGUGGCUGAUGUUAAGCAAAAGAUCGCCGAGGCUGAUAUGACUAAAUGCAAGCAAUCAGUGUUUCUGGUCGAUCAGGUUGAGAGUAAAUUACCGAAAAGAGGCAACAAGCUCAAUACGGUUUCAUUUGCGCUAAAUAAAUAUAUGAGCAUGGGCAUCUUUGGGCCACGCAAUUCGGGCAAAAGUCAUCUGAUACGUCAGCUGGUCGGACUGGAUGGGUUUGCCUUUGGCGAAAUCUAUGUGCGAGGCUUGGACUUUAAGUAUGAUCUGGACACCAUUCUCGGCUAUGUCGGAUACUGUCCACAGCAUAACGGAGUGCUCGACGAACUAACACCCCGCGAUCAUAUACGAUUGAUCUGUAUGAUACGCGGCGUGAACGAGAACAAAAUUGGCGAGAAAAUGCAUGAUCUUUGCCUGAUGUUCAACAUGGUUGGUUGGAUGAAUCGCAAAUGUGGCACCUUGACGCAGGAGAAGCGUCGCAAGUUGAACGUUGCAAUUUCACUGAUUGCCUACAACAAGAUACUCAUCUUGGAUGAGCCCACAUACGGUAUGCCUUCGACGACAAGGCGCGAGAUUUGGAAUAUUUUACGCUAUCUACGUUAUUGCGGCAAGACGAUUAUUUUUUCCACCAAUGAUGAGCUAGAGUGCAAGAUGCUGGCCGACUAUAUAAUAGUCUUUCAGGAUAGCGAAAUGCUGGCAAUUGGCAGUAUGCAAUAUCUGCGAUAUAAAUAUAGCCAUGGUUUCUAUCUGGAAGUGAGACUGGUUAGAGAUGGCGCCACUUUACAGGAAACAGAGGCCAAUCUACGCAAGGAUGUUGACAAUUUGGCUCGUUUCAUUAACUUUCUGCAUGACAAAUCGGAAUUGGUGGGUCGCAUGCACAAUUGGUUCAAAUAUUAUAUACCAGUGGGCCACAUCGUCUAUUCGUUCCUUUAUGGCGCCAUGGAAAAGAACAAGGUGCGUCUGAAUAUCCACGACUAUUGCAUAUAUCAGGCGAGCAUGAAUGUUGUUAUUGCCCAGGUGCAGGAGACGCGCGCCGAGCUGAAGCGUCGUCUGACGAACCCAAAUUUGGCGGAACAGAACGAAAUCGUGCUGCGAUCAACUAACAAAUCUUUAGUCCCAUAUAGCUAUACACGCUGAUGUCAUAUCAUACACAUAAAUCGAAUAUUUUAUAUCUGUUAAUAUUUCAAGUAUGAGUGUCAGCUGAAAUAAUAAUUGAGUGUUAUGGGCUAUGCCGUA